AUGUCGGACAACCGUGUAGUGUUCCGUCGCCGCAAUCCAUACAACACCAAGAGUCAAAACACUCGUGUAAUCCGGACUCCGGGCGGUGAACUACGAGUUCUUCACAUCGCCAAAAAGGCUAGUCGCGUCAAGUGCGGCGACUGUGGUAAUGCUUUGUCAGGAAUUCCAUCCCUCCGGCCGCGCCAAUAUGCUACUCUUUCGAAGCCUCGGAAAACUGUCUCAAGGGCUUAUGGAGGUUCCCGAUGCAGCAAUUGCGUACGAGAUCGCGUCGUCCGGGCAUUUUUAAUAGAGGAACAAAAAAUCGUAAAGAAGGUGCUCAAAGAGCAGGCGAAAUAA